CGGAUGCCGAUUGUCCGAGAGAAGCAGGCGGGUGUUGGUUUGCGGAUGGGAUUCUGAAAGUCUCUCUCUCCCUUUAUCUUGCCUCUCGUUUUCACUUCCACUGUCGAUCACCUGAGCUCCCCCUUUUUUUGGUGGCAGACCACCACCCCUCUCUUGCAUUCAGGCCGCAUUCCCUUCUGUACUUGCACAUGCAGAAGCUCCUGGCGUAAACUUUCACCGUGGACCGCGCGGGAAGGAGUCGAGCGUCGUUGUCUGGAGCGAGGCGCCGCGGCCUGCUAUUCGUUCGACAGCGUCCAACCUUUCUCGCUGGCCGGCGCUUCCAUGGUGCAACCAUCAGACGGACAGACUGCUAGCCUCGACUCGACCGCAACGACUGCCUAAUGGUACCUGACUCCCUGCCUUCCCUUCUCCUCCGCCCUGCCCCAGUGGUCCCCGUCCCAAACACCUGCACGGCUUUGCACCUGCGCUUGCUCUGGCAACUGGCGGCCGGCUCUGUGGGCCCAUCCCAUCUUCUCGUGGCGGCCGAUGAGGGGGAAACAGAAAAAGAAAACGGGCGAGAAAAUACGACACGGCCAAUAUCAAGGCAGUACAGCUGGGAGCGUGGGCUAACAAACAGCCCGAAUCCUUGGGCCUUGUCCUCUCACUCUCAGAGCCUCUAAUCUUGUGCCAUCCCUCCUUUUUGUCUACCGUACGAGCGACGCUAUUUCACGAAACCCUAUUCAGUAAUGAGCGAAUGAGACCACGAACCCGGCAUACUCCCAACCAAGACAUCCGCACCCUCCGCCUGAACCCCUCGCUGCUAUACCGUGGUUUGCUCUGCCCUUCUCCCCGCGUUGCUACCCAGCUCGAUACUACAGCGGCUCGCUUUCGUGGAAGCCAGUCUUGUUGCUUUACCCGUCAACGUCCUGUUCCCCGCCGACGACGCCGUCCUAUUGGCAGCCGAUUCCGAUUCGCCCCUAAGACGCACAAGCCUGGCCCCAAGCUUGGUGCUCUCUUAUAUCUGGACUCUGGGCGCGCCUGCCUGCACGCUCGCGUCUGGAAUGGUGUAGUGAUAUCAAAAGUCCCUCACAUGAAUGCCGGACAAGACGGAGCAAAGUAAAAACUGCUAUGAGUGUGGAUCAACUAGCUUCUGGUAGCAGCUUUGGUGCCCCGAACGCCCGCCCGCCUCCCUCGCCGCCUCUGCAAAAGACCCCGAAGACGACCGUCCAACCGAGCUCCGUAUUCGAAACCCCCAGGCCAGCCACCGGCCGCCUUGACGAUUCCGGCGGCUGGACUCCUCACUUCGCCGAGGAGUAUUCCCUCUUCAACGCCACGCCCGGCAACCUGAGAGCCUCGCCCCGCCGCGGCUUCUUUCCCGGCGAGUUUGGCUCCGGCACGCCCUUCGCAGCGAAUUUCCUCCACCACAAGCCGCAAUCGUCUCCAGCUCUUGGUGGCCCGAACAAGAGGCGCCUGUCGGCCGAGGGAAUCGCCGAGGAGAUCGCGACACAUGCCACGCAUUUCUCGAAUCUCCCUCUGCCGCCCGUCGACCCCUCACAGCGACUCCCCUCAUCGCCCGCCGCACUCGCCCUGACGCACGACGAAGCCCAGGCCGCCCAUUCCCCAUCCCACAGCGAGGACUCCAGCAAGGACUCGGCACGUCGGGCCUCGGCAUCCGGCCGAGAUCGCUCCCCAAAGAAGGCAAAGAAGGCAAGACUAGGCGUCGCCGGCCACGACGACCAGGGACAAACCGCCACCCCUCCGCCAUCGUCCAACAAGGGAGGGCGCAAGCUGGCCCCCAAGGCCAAGACCAGCGCGAUGCAGAAUGACCAGGGCUUCGGGGACUUCUCCGGAGCUGGCGCGGGGAACCAGCACCACAACAUGGGCGUCUUCGUCACCUCCCCCAGCGAGAUGUUUGGCUUCCCCAUGUCGGCGCCGGCUUCGGCACACUCGUUUGUGAACUCGCAGCAGUUCUGGGAGACGGAGGCGGGAUCCAUGGGCGGAAUGGAACUCGAGUUCUCGGCCGCUCAGCACGCCGAGAUGUUCCAGACCCCCGCAACAGCCACGCAGAUGGGCCAGCACCGGCCUGCCGGGUCGAUGGACUGGGGAAGGGCAAACCAGAUGUUCCAGGAGACGGGCCUGCUUCCUCAGCAGCAGCAGCCGGAGCAAACACAGGAGCAACAGCAGCAACAACAACAUGCCCAAACGCAGCAGCUGCCUCAGCAACAGGCCCGCCGACCGCCCCAGGCCGGCCGCCGCUCCCCUGCCAAGCGAGAGCGCCCGUUGGCACCCAAGACCAUGAUGCCGACCCUGGAUACAAGUGCAAAUGCGAUGAGACAGUCCAUGAUGGUUGAUACAAGCAUGUACCAGACCUCGAUGGAGGAUAGCUUCGGUUUGUCUCACGGUCAGGUCGUGGACCCGGGAAUGCUGUUCAGCCGGCCACCACCUUCUUCCAGCAUGGAGGCCGUUUUCAACCCCAUGCAGCAGCAGCAGCAGCAGCAACAGAUGCAGCAACAGAUCCCGAGUGUGGCGGCACAUCGGGCCCUCGCUCCGGCGUCGGGCCAACAGCCACCACAUCAGCAAGGCGACAACCAGAACCAUGGCCGAAACGUGAACUUAGCGACUGCUUCGGCCAAGGGCCUCGGGAUUUCCGCCAAGGCGCCAGCGGUACGGGGCGAGCUCCGUCGGGCGAACAGCGUGAAGGAGCCGAGCUCGAGCAAGAGGGGAAACCGGGCGGCCGUCAGCUCACCGGCCAAGCCCCGGCCGGCGGGCCUAUCGCGGAGCUUCAGCGAGAACCGUGGUGGCAGCAGGCAUCAGAUUACCAGGCCAUCAUCCGCGUCGAGCACCUCGAGCCACCACACGGUAGUGGCCUUGGAGAACCAACUGCAGCGUCUGCAGCCUGCGACGGGAACACUGAGCCGCCCGUCAUCGCACGGUAGGUUGUCGGCGCCGAACGGCCGAGCGUCGCCGCUAAAGUCGAACCAAGGCCACCGGCUGCCGAGCUUGACCUCCAUACCCGAGUCGUCGCCGGGAGCGGCAAAUGCGGCGGCCGUCAUGAUGAACCGCGCAUCUGUGAAGUUCACCAUCGACGCCAACGGAAGGGCGCGGGUCGACACGGUCGUUGCGGAUGAUGAGCCGCCGCCGGCUGCCAGGAGAGGACGGAGUUCGCGGAAAGCAAUGGCCGGCAGCAGAUCCUCGUCGCGGUGGGACUCUACAGACGACGACGGCGGCGGCCCAGUUGGUGGGCACGACGACGACGACGCGUCCUCGACCGACGACGAGCCCAUCAUCAUCCCCAGCCGCAACACCUCAUUCGCCAUCCCGGACCCGCUCAAGGUCUCGGGGCAACAGCGCGCGCGGUACCAGACCGGAGGCGAGUACAGACCCUCGCAGCGGAGCCUCAGCGUCCACAGCGCCUCGAGCUCGAUCCUGGGCCGCGGUGGGAGCAGCAGCAACGACCCGGAGAGCGAUGGCGAGACGGUGGUCAACGGCGGUGGCCGGCUGGCCUCGGGGGCGGGGGACGCGGCCAGCGAGCUCGAGAGGCUGAGGCAGAGCAGACAGAACGGCGGCGGCGGCGCGCCGCCGAGGCUCAGGGUCCCGGGCAGCGGAGGCUCGAGGCAGCGGUUUGGCGCCCCCACGAACACCACCACCAGCUUUGGACGCGCACACCCGCCGCAACAGCAGCCACAGCAGCACCAACAACAACACCAGCAGUACAGCAGCGCGGCCACCUCGCCGACGACGCUGACCGAGGUGAGCCUGCCCACGCCUUCGACCGCGAACAGGACGGGGCGCGGCAUCCGCUGCGUGUGCGACAACACCGGAGUCGACCACCACCGGGACGGCUUCAUGGUGCAGUGUGAUUCGUGCGAGUUGUGGCUCCACGGCAGGUGUAUCAACAUACCGAAGCGGAGCAUGAUGCCCUCGGUUUACAUCUGCGCCUUUUGCGCCAGGACCUCGCACGGCCGCGCGGGCCGCCCGGCCGUCCCCCCGUCGGCAAUGUCGCCGCUGGCGCACAAGUCCUUUACCAAAUUUCGGUGAAGGACGCGGGGAGGGGCAAGGGGAUCGACCGAAUGCUGCUGCGUGGGCUUGGUUUGAUCCGCCGUUUCUGCUGCCCUCUUCUUUUUUCCAACCGGACCUUCCUCCUUGGGUCAUGGCGUUUGUGGACCGGCGCCUUUUGGACUCCAUGACGGAGCGGUGUUAGGUAAACAACAUCUAAAGAAGAAGGACGGGUGGCGAGGGAGGGAUGACAGUUCGUGGUGUGUGGGUAUAUAUUUACGUGGCGGAAGUGUGGUUUCGUGAACUUUUUCGAGCCCCCAGUCCCAUACCUGCCCACGUAUCUGGAUGUUGCCGACCGGAACUUGGGGAUUCAUGGCCUUUUUCUAUCCUACUUUUUCGGGUUUCUUGCAUGUGGCUGGCGUCGAUACAAGCGGGAGCAAACAAUGUAGAGUCAAAAAUUUCAACCAGCACAUACCACAUCAUGUGCGGGCCAUCUCACUGGGACAAAUGGACAAACCAAGGAGGAGGAAAACAGGGCAGCACGGUGGAGGGGAGCUGGGAGCAUUGGGAAGAAAAGGGUGCGCGGGCUCGCGUUCUACGGGCGCGCGGGAGGUUUGGACGGUUUUUUUUUUUUGUGUCAUGAUACCCCUAACGGAAACAUGCAAUCCAACACACGAGGCGGUUUAAGCUCUUACAUGUUGGACGACGCACGAGACGAGGUAAACAAAUAAACAAACAAAGGAGCAAGACGCGACAGGAGGGGUCAUGACUGAAGUGGCAUGCAG